UUCAUAUCCCCCAAACUACAGAUGGGUUUUCUCUUUCAACAGCUCUCUUCCAAUACCCACUAAAAAGCGUUUUUUUUUUUCUCUCUCGCUUGUAUUUUGCCUUGGAAACGCCGUAUAUAUCAGUAGCCGGGGCUUCCUCUCCUUCCUUUUAAUCUCUUCUUCUCCAAUACCAAUUGGGUUUUCAGGAAAUGAAAUUCUAGCCAUGGAAAUCUGCUUUUUCUGACAUCAAACAAUGCUUUCUUUAAGCAGGGAUUUUUGGAGAAGGCAUAAAAGGAAGGCUUAUGUUGCAGUUGGAGUUUUUGGAAGUGGGUAUGUUUUGUAUAAGCUCUAUUCGACUUAUAGACGGAGAAUUUCUGAUUCGGAGAGCGACUACGAGGGUGGACAGAGCGAAAUCAAUGAAAUCAUUAAAAGGCAGUUGCAAACCCAUUUUGAGAACAUUCAAAGAAUAUCCGAUUCGAUGACAUUGCCUUAUGCGAUCCAUUACUUGAGGUGUCGGAUAUCGGAAGAACUUGAUCUUUCGCAGCUGACGGAGAGGCUAAUGCAGGGGAAGGGUCAGCCCAACACCCUCUCACCUAAGGAGAAGCUUGAGCUAUGGGAAAGGCUCAAAAUUCUAAGUUUUACGAGAACUGCAUUGUCAUUGUGGUCCAUGACGCUACUCACAUUGUACAUCAGAGUCCAGGUCAACAUCCUGGGGAGACAUCUCUACAUCGAUACAGCUCGGGGUUUGGGAAGCUCCGGAGUGUUGGAUGAAAUCGAUGCAUUUGACAGGCACAGCCAGCAAGAGUUUCUAGCAACCGCUGACUAUCUUUCCAACUAUGGCAUGAGCUCAUUGAUUCCGAACAUGCAGAGAGCUGCGAUGGAAGUUCUCAAGGAAAAGCAGCUGAGGGACCCAUUCAGCACUAACCAACUACGUGAAACCAUUGUGCAAAUAUUGGAUUCGUUCAUGAGCAUGGGGCCCCCUCAUCAGUGGGUGACCUACUUGGUACCUGAAAAUGCUAUUGUAUACAAACAGCUGGUGGCUGCAUCAAGUGAUGGUUCCGCACUGCUUCCAGAUGUCAGCAAACUCGACCAACUCAUGGCAGAGACACGGGUCGUUCUAUCAAGUGAUGAUUUCAGAAAUGUUGCGAAGAUAUCACUGAAAAAGGUGGUGGACGGGUUGAUGGAAGAGGUUGAGAUGCAAUCGAAAAGUGGUCCUUCGUUGGGGGUCCCACUCGCAAAACUCUUGCCACGAGUGGCCCAGUUGGGUACACGCCUACUCGAGGAGCCGAGCCAAAAUAGUUUUAUUCAGAUCAUCCGAAGCUUACCGGAAGUCGAACUGUUCUACACUCUCCUCUAUGCAAACAUGCCUAUGAUUUCAUAAUUCCAACCAUGUAUGAUCAGAAUCCUAUGACCCUAUGUGGAAGCAUGGAACACAUUCAUGAGAUCUUGGCCAUUCAUCAAUGGGUGCCCCACAGUGAAUGCCUGCUUAUCCAUAAAUCAGGCCCGUCCAUGGUCCACUCUUCUCAGGAGAGCGCACAUGCCUGAAAAAUGCAGUUGAAAAGGAGGCCAAUGGUCCACAUUAACUGGACAAGUGUGGCCCACCUGAUGAAAUAAGAUCAAGCUCAUGUGUUUCAUCCACUUGGCGAGUAGGCUCGGCAGACAAAAAAAGGGGGGAAAAUCUAAUGAUCUUAGUGAAAGAGAGGCUGUGAUUGCCUGAAUUUAUGGCAUUUGAUUGCAUUGUAGCAUUGGAUAUGUGGGUCAUGAACAUGGAUGGCCCUGAUUUUAAGUAGGUGGGGUUUGAAUUUCAGUAGCUGGGGGGAAAAUAAUGAAUAGGGAAAGAGAAGGUUUGAUUCGAUCAUAGAAGCCCCGUUAUUUGCUCACAUUAGGUGAAAGGUGAGAGUUAGUUUAUUUUAUUUAUUUAUUUUAUCAUUAUUUGCUUCUCUUUAAUAACAUGUUAUUUGAUGCUCGA